AUGACACACAUUUUUCUUUCUUUGAAGCAGUCCUCGAGGGACAUCAGGCUUCUAUGGUUUUCGGUGUUCAUCCGCAUGAUCUCAUUUGGGUUGACAAACCAAGUGUUGACUUUAUACCUCAAGGAAAUUGGGAUUUCAGAGGUCAACAUCGGUCUGUUUAUGUCAUUAACAAUGAUUGGAGACUCGGUGAUUUCAUAUGCGCUCACAUGGAAUGCUAACAAAAUUGGUAACAGAUUUAUUAUGCUUAUGGGCAGCUUCUUGAUGAUGGUGGCCAGUGGUAUCUUCUCGACAGGCACAUCGAACUUUGGCUACUUGCUUGUUGCUGCGAUCGUCGGUGUCAUUUCUCCCUCUGGAAAUGAUGCAGGCCCGUUUAAAACGAUAGAAGAAACGGUGUUGGCCAACUUGACUCCUCCAAACCACAGACCAGAAGUGUAUGCCAUCCAUUGGACCCUGGGUUCUAUUGGUGCUUCAUUGGGUUCCUUUCUGGCCGGGCUUUCCGUCGACUAUUUCACUCACAAGAGGCUCCUUCCUGUGGUGGACUCGUACCGCUACACUUUCUGCAUUCUAGUGUUCACCUCGUUUUUGAAGUUUGUUUCGCUUCUUUUCGUCUCGUACAAGGCCGAACCUUCGUACGUUCCACCUUAUAUGGCUGUACAGCAUGAUCAGGAUUCCAAUAUAGAGGACGCUACUAUAGAACAUGAAACGCUGACGGGUUUGUCGCCGCAGUCGCAAUCCAUCUUGUUUAAACUCAUGGUUCCCUUUAUGCUAGAUUCGUUUGGAAAUGGAUUUAUGACAAAUGCAUGGGUGGUCUACUACUUCAAGGAAAGAUAUAAAACACCGGCUGUACUUUUGGGUACGUUGUUCGGCCUCUCUGGAAUAGCCAUGUCAGUGUCAGCGAUUCCAUCGGCAUGGUUUGCCAAACAAUUUGGUCCCAUUAAGUCAUCUGUGAUGACACAAAUUCCAUGUGGGUUGUUUUUCAUGAUGAUACCGAUACUGGGCUUCAAUUUCAGCCUGGGUUCUCUUUUCUAUUUACUAAACCAGAUGACUACGGCAUUCGAUGUCGUUCCUCGACAGAUUAUUCUCACUACACUUGUUGAGCCAACUGAUUUGUCCAAAGUGAUGGGUUCGGUCAAUAUAGGGAAGCAAAUUGCCAGAUCAAUCAGUCCCUAUUUUACAGGUUAUUUUGCCGAGGCCCAGUUACUAUGGGUCUGCUUUCUCAUUACAGGUGUGCUUUUGAUCAUUGCCAAUCUAAUAUUGGCGAUAGACUUCAGUGAUCUCGAUGAAAAGGUCAGAGAGAUAGAGCAGGUCCAGCACGAUAUUAUGUGA